AGACCGGAGAGAAGGCACACAAAGUAAGGAUUGUACACUUAGGGAGAAAGAGAGAGAAGGAAAAAGCAGUCACUCAUUGUGGGCAUAUAAAAACAGAAGGAAAGGACUAACUACUGGUGAACUGGUGAGUGAAAAAAACGAAUUUACAACUUGACUUUUGUGCCAUUUCUGGGUCAUUGCUUUCAGUCAUAACUUUCUAUAGCGACUGACAUUGCAAUUCCUGUUUGGGUCAUAUAGCAACAUGCAAGAAUCCGAUGUGUGAUCAUUUGAAAGGCUUAUUAUCAACAUAUAUAUCAUGUUUAUAUGGUAUACUCUGUUGUAGAUCAUACUGUAUGUGUAACAUUGUUAAUUAUCUCAGUCAUAUUGAUGGUUUUCUCUGUUGUAAAUACAGAUAUGGAGACAGAGAAGAAGAUGCAGACACAAGUUGAGCUCACAGACAGGUAAGGCUGUGAACUGACGUUAUAGCCAGCAGUAUGCAUGCUACUGAUAUCUGUGUUUUGAUUUAACUUAGCAGACAGUUAAUAUACACUGUCUCUGUGCUUCCCUCUACCAAGCGUAUGAAGAUCUCAGACAAACUAAAAUGUUUAUUGUGUUAGUAAGUGUCUUAAAAACAUGCUGCUUUUGCAAGAGGCAGUGUUUCAUGGGGUAUUCUUCUGAUAUGGUGUCUAGUACUCUGACCUACCUUCACCUGCAGUAUCUUAUCUUAGUUUGCAGUUAGCCUCCAUUGAUAUUACAUUUACAUUUUAGUCAUUUAGCAGACGCUCUUAACCAGAGCGACUUACAGGAGCAAUUAGGGUUAAGUGCCUUGCUCAAGGGCACAUUAACGUCAUUUAGCAGACGCUCUUAGCCAGAGCGACUCACAAAUUGGUGCGUUCACCCUAUAGCCAGUGGGAUAACCACUUUACAAUUUGGGGGGGGGGGGGGGGGGGGGGUUAGAAGGAAUACUUUAUCCUAUCCCAGGUAUUCCUUAAAGAGGUGGGGUUUCAAAUGUCUCCGGAAGGUGGUGAGUGACUCCGCUGUCCUGGCGUCGUGAGGGAGCUUGUUCCACCAUUGGGGUGCCAGAGCAGCGAACAGUUUUGACUGGGCUGAGCGGGAGCUGUGCUUCCGCAGAGGAAGGGGAGCCAGCAGGCCAGAGGUGGAUGAACGCAAUGUCCUCGUUUGGGUGUAGGGACUGAUCAGAGCCUGAAGGUACAGAGGUGCCGUUCCCCUCACUGCUCCAUAGGCAAGCACCAUGGUCUUGUAGCGGAUGCGAGCUUCAACUGGAAGCCAGUGGAGUGUGCGGAGGAGGGGGGGUGACGUGAGAGAACUUGGGAAGGUUGAACACCAGACGGGCUGCGGCAUUCUGGAUGAGUUGUAGGGGUUUAAUGGCACAGGCAGGGAGCCCAGCCAACAGCGAGUUGCAGUAGUCCAGACGGGAGAUGACAAGUGCCUGGACCAGGACCUGCGCCGCUUCCUGUGUAAGGCAGGGUCGCACUCUCCGAAUGUUGUAGAGCAUGAACCUGCAGGAGCGGGUCACCGCCUUGAUGUUGGCGGAGAACGACAGGGUGUUGUCCAGGGUCACGCCUAGGCUCUUCGCACUCUGGGAGGAGGACACAGCGGAGUUGUCAACCGUGAUGGCGAGAUCAUGGAACGGGCAGUCCUUCCCCGGGAGGAAGAGCAGCUCCGUCUUGCCAGGGUUCAGCUUGAGGUGGUGAUCCGUCAUCCAUACUGAUAUGUCUGCCAGACAUGCAGAGAUGCGAUUCGCCACCUGGUUAUCAGAAGGGGGAAAGGAGAAGAUUAGUUGUGUAUCGUCAGCGUAGCAAUGAUAGGAGAGACCAUGUGAGGAUAUGACAGAGCCAAGUGACUUGGUGUAUAGGGAGAAAAGGAGAGGGCCCAGAACCGAUCCCUGGGGGACACCAGUGGUGAGAGCACGUGGUGCGGAGACAGCUUCCCGCCACGCCACUUGGUAGGAGCGACCGGUCAGGUAGGACGCAAUCCAGGAGUGAGCCGCGCCGGAGAUGCCCAUCUCGGAGAGGGUGGAGAGGAGGAUCUGAUGGUUCACAGUAUCAAAGGCAGCAGACAGGUCUAGAAGGACAAGAGCAGAGGAGAGAGAGUUAGCUUUAGCAGUGCGGAGAGUCUCCGUGACACAGAGAAGAGCAGUCUCAGUUGAAUGACCAGUCCUGAAACCUGAUUGGUUUGGAUCAAGAAGGUCAUUCUGAGAGAGAUAGCAAGAGAGUUGGCUAAAGACGGCACGCUCAAUAGUUUUGGAAAGAAAAGAAAGAAGGGAUACUGGUCUGUAGUUGUUGACAUCAGUGGGGUCGAGUGUUGGUUUUUUGAGGAGGGGAGCAACUCUCGCUCUCUUGAAGACGGAAGGGACAUGGCCAGCGGUCAAGGAUGAGUUGAUCAGCGAGGUGAGGUAGGGGAGAAGGUCACCGGAGAUGGUCUGGAGAAGGGAGGAGGGGAUGGGGUCAAGCGGGCAGGUUGUUGGGCGGCCUGCAGUCACAAGUCGCAGGAUUUUAUCUGGAGAGAGAGGGGAGAAAGAAGUCAAAGCAUAGGGUAGGGCAGUGUGAGCAGGACCAGCAGUGUUAUUAGACUUAACAAACGAGGAUCGGAUGUCGUCAACCUUCUUUUCAAAGUGGUUGACGAAGUCAUCCACAGAGAGAGAGGAGGGUGGGGGGGGGGGGAGGAGGAUUCAGGAGGGAGGAAAAAGUGGCAAAGAGCUUCCUAGGGUUAGAGGCAGAUGCUUGGAAUUUAGAGUGGUAGAAGGUGGCCUUAGCAGCAGAAACAGAUGAAGAAAAUGUAGAGAGGAGGGAGUGAAAAGAUGCCAGGUCGGUAGGGAGUUUAGUUUUCUUCCAUUUCCUCUCCGCUGCCCGGAGCUCUGUUCUGUGAGCUCGCAGUGAGUCAUCAAGCCACGGAGCUGGGGGGGAGGACCGAGCCGGCCGGGAGGAUAGGGGACACAGAGAGUCAAAGGAUGCAGAAAGGGAGGAGAGGAGGGUUGAGGAGGCAGAAUCAGGAGAUUGGAGGGAGAAGGAUUGAGCAGAGGGAAGAGAUGAUAGGAUGGAAGAGGAGAGAGUAGUGGGAGAGAGAGAGCGAAGGUUGCGGCGGCGCAUUACCAUCUGUGUAGGGGCAGAGUGAGUAGUGUGGGAGGAGAGCGAGAGAGAAAAGGAAACAAAGUAGUGGUCGGAGACUUGGAGGGGAGUUGCAAUGAGAUUAGUAGAGGAGCAGCAUCUAGUGAAGAUGAGGUCAAGCGUAUUGCCUGCCUUGUGAGUAGGGGGGGACGGUGAGAGGGUGAGGUCAAAAGAGGAGAGGAGUGGAAAGAAGGAGGCAGAGAGAAAUGAGUCAAACGUGGACAUAGGGAGGUUGAAAUCCCCCAAAACUGUGAGGGGUGAGCCAUCCUCAGGAAAGGAACUUAUCAAGGCGUCAAGCUCGUUGAUGAACUCUCCAAGGGAACCUGGAGGGCGAUAGAUGACAAGGAUAUUAAGCUUAAAUGGGUUAGUGACUGUGACAGCAUGGAAUUCAAAUGAGGAGAUAGACAGAUGGGUUAGGGGAAAAAUUGAGAAUGUCCACUUGGGAGAGAUGAGGAUUCCUGUACCACCACCCCUCUGACCAGAUGCUCUCGGGGUAUGCGAGAACACAUGGUCAGACGAGGAGAGAGCAGUAGGAGUAGCCGUGUUUUCAGUGGUGAUCCAUGUUUCCGUCAGCGCCAGGAAGUCGAGGGACUGGAGGUUGGCAUAGGCUGGGAUGAAGUCAGCUUUGUUGGCAGCAGAACGGCAGUUCCAGAGGCUGCCUGCGACCUGGAACUCCAGGUGAGGGGUGCGAGCAGGGACCACCAGGUUGGAGAGGGCAGCAGCCGCGCGGUGUUGUGCGUUGUUUGUGUAGCCUGUGCAGAGACGAGAGAACAGGGAUAGGCAGAGGCAUAGUUGACAGGCUGUAGCAAAUGGCUACAAAAAUGCAGAGGAGAUCGAUUGAUAGACAUGUGUUGGUUUUCCACCUUUAAGUGAUAAGUCACCCAGCUGUUCUAUAUGUCAGUAGGCAUUCCUCCUCUCAUCCUUCUGUCAAUCAUCACUCAGCCUGUAAGAUAGUCUUUAUCACAGGUUGAAUACAGAAGUUAACAUGACUCUACCCCAUCUCUCUCUCACUUUAUCCUCUCUCUUCUCUCUCUCUCUCUCUCUCUCUCUCUCUCUCUCUCAUCUCUCCUCUCUCUCUCUCUCUCUCUCUCUCACUUCCUCUCUCUCUCUCUCUCUCUCUCUUCUCUCGUCGGCCUCUCUCUUUCUCCUCUCUCUCACUUCACCUCUCUCUCUAUCUUUAUCUCUCUCUCUCUCUCUCACACACACUUCCUCUCUAUCUCUCUGUUUGUGAACAGCACAGUAAUGGUGUAACAUUACAGGUUGAAUACAGGGGUUCAUAUGUUUUCCUCUCUCUCUCCCACAGUGAUCUGUCGGAGCAGAUUAAAGCUGUAACCAAGGACAGCCAUGUCAGAGCAGAGAACACUGAACUGAUGCUGGCCUACCAGAGAGGAAAAGUCAGUCUGACACAGUACAAGGUAAUCAAUCAAUAAUAUAACAUUAAUAAAGAUAAAGAUUAGUAAAGACAAUUCAUCUAUUAAUCUCUUUGUUUAAACCUCUGCUGCAUGUUAGUAAAUGGAGGUACUAGCAUUUACAACACAAUUAGUUUUGUGAUUCCCUAUCUAUACUGUAAUUCCCAUCAGUUGAUCUGAAUCUUCAGUGUGGACAUGCAACAUUUUUCUAGCUGGAGCGCCAUGCAUCAUCAUGCACCAUCAUUCUAUCAUGUACUGCUAUAAACUGUUGUGGGUCAAGGUACUGUAUUUAGUGUAUAACGGAGGUAUUGAGACUAACCCUAGUUUAUCUCCUUUCCUUAUCUCCUUUCCUCAGCUUCUCCUGUGCUCCCUCUAUGAGAUCUAUCAAGCGCUAGAGGAAGCGCUGGACAGCAACUCCAACCACCCGAGUGUCGCGCCUAUAUACUUCCCCCUGGAACUAGCACGGCUGGAGUCAGUGGAGAGAGACCUAGAGCAUUUCUAUGGGCAGGACUGGAGAGAGAAGAUUGUUGUACCGGCCGCCACUAAAAUAUAUGCCCAUAGACUCAGACAGGUGUGUAUUAAACUGGACUGGUCUGGACUCUAACCUACUGUGGAAGUUGAAUCGUACUAUAAUGCUUUAUAGCAGGGUUUCCCAAACUCGGUCCUGAGGUCCCCCGUGGGUACACAUUUUGGUUUUUGCCCUAGCACCACACAGACUCAUCAUCAACCUUUGAUUAUUUGAAUAAGCUGUGCAGUGCUAGGGCAAAACCCAAAACGUUCACCCAGGGGGGGCCCCAGGACCAAGAUUGGGAAACCCUGCCUUAUGAAGCCAUGUUCUAUCUGAUGGGGGAAAAUGAGGGCUUCAAAAAUUCCAAUGUGAAUUCAGUCGAACGUUAGAAGUUGAGACACUUUUGUAAAAUAAUUUGGUUACUUGGAAUGGGUUUAUAAUGCAUGGUCACCAAUGACUGUACUGACUUUCUCUCUCUCUCUUUCUCUCUGUCUCUCUCCCUCUCUCUAUUUCUCUCCUUCCCUCCCCAGAUCGGCAAAGACAACCCUGAGUACCUAGUGGCCCACGCAUACACCCGCUACCUCGGCGACCUAUCUGGGGGACAAGUCCUUGGCCGCAUUACCCAGAAGUCUCUGGGGCUGAAGGGUGGCGAGGGUCUGUCGUUCUUUUCCUUCCCGGGCGUGAGCAGCCCCAACCUGUUCAAACAGCUGUACAGGAGUAGAAUGAACAGCAUAGAGCUGGAUGAGGACGAGAGAAUAGGAAUGCUGGAGGAGGCUGUCAGAGCCUUCGAGUUGAACAUCCAGGUGAGGAGGAGUGGAGGAUGGAGGAAGAGAGGAGUGGAGGAUGGAGGAAGAGGAGUGGAGGAUGGAGGAAGAGAAGAGAGGAGUGGAGGAUGGGGUGGGUUGGGGAGAUAGGGGGAUGACGAGGAAUAGGGAAACGGGACAGCCAUGGUUUAGGGGUGUGAUAUAAGGUUAGAUAUUAGGGUUGGUGUUCAACCAUAAGCUAAAUGAGUGCCAUUGAGGUUUUUUUAAUGAGCUUCUUGGCUCUUCGUACAUAAGAUGACUGAGUUUUGACUGACGUUGUCUUGCCUCUGUUUGUGAUGCAGGUCUUUGAUGAUCUUCAGAAGAUGGUGUCUGUGACAGAGAGGGAAAGUGAGCUCAUGCAUACGACAACCAGAAAUAGAUGCACAAGACACGCGUCGACACACUCCAAACUGGCUGAUGGUAAGUUACCCACACACACACACACACACACACACACACACACACACACACACACACACACACACACACACACACACACACACACACACACACACACACACACAGACAGACAUACACAGACACACACACACACACACACACACACACACACACACACACACACAGACAUACACAGACACACACACACACACACACACACACACAGACAUACACAGACACACACACACACACACGCAGACAUACACAGACACACACACACACGCAUAGACACACACACACACACACAUAUGCAUGUGCAGACACACACACACACACACAUAUGCAUGUGCGAACGCACGCACACACAGACACACGCACGGACACACACACUCACACCAAUUGAAUAUGAUGAUGGUAAUACUUAAUACAUAUCCAAUUACUGUGUUAGAUAACACUAAUAAUGACUCCUUUCCUCUUUUCUCAGGGGAGAAACUGAUGGCUAGAUCCCUUCAGAUCCAGACCAGUCUGAUCAACGCAUCACCCCUCUUCAGAAUGAUGCUGGGGAUCUGUGUAGCCCUGGCAACAGUUGGCAUGGGAAUCUAUGCUUUC